CGGUGCCAUUUUAGUUCGCAGCCAUCUUUCCGAUAACAGGCACGGGCCCAAAGAUGAGUACACCGAAGGUAGAACUAGAAGCUUUGGGUCGGCAGGACAAGAGCCACAGGAAAGGCGGAUGCCGGGUGAGCUAUGCCACGUCUGACGAUCAGGAAGCUGCCCACCACUAUCAAUUGUAUGAGACAAGUAUGCAGCAACUCCAGAACGAGCUUGCUCAACUAGACCGACUCGAACAUAAUCAUAUUCAUAAUCUUUAUGGACAAGAACUGGCACAACAUUCUUUGCCCCCUCCGUAAGUAUUCCGACACGACAAGAAGAACCACAACAUGCUGCUUUCUUGGCUCCUUCCUAUCCUACUCAUUGGGCAGCAUCUGGAGCUCCAUAUAAUAGUCUUUUGCCUCCAUCAGCUGUAGGUAAAGGUUUUGCCACCUCCUCCACAGAGGGCUUUCCUCAUUCUCAUGUGAGUCAAGAACCUCCCCAUGGGUACUACCGACACCAUGUAGCUCCACUUCUUGAAUCGUGGGAGAUAUAUCCCGAACAUCCCCAAACCCAAACGACGCAGCUGAUGCCGACCAAAGGCGUUGGUAAGAAAAGCCAAAAUGCAGCUUCUUCUGCAUCAACGUCUUCCGUAAAUCCUACACGACGACCAAAAAUGGUAUCAAGUUUGGAGUGAAAACGAAAAGUAUUUGCAUGAAGGUCGGAUCAGCAUCAGCAGCAGGUAAAAAAAACAAGGGUGAGCAUCACCAGGAAAAUCCACAAGCGUAUAACAACUUUUGGCCACCGCCAGUUGGAGCUGCUCUUGGCAAGAGCAAGCGGCAAAAAACAAGGCAAAAACAAGGGCGUGGCCGAGCAGAAUUUUCCCAACAAUGCUCCUCACGGAUUUUUACCACAGCAACAAGACGCUUCUUCUUUAUCUUGGUUUGUAGGACAUCAAGGAGUACAAGAACAAGAAGUACAAGGAAAAUUUGUAGGACAUCAAGACGCACAAGAAGUACAAAGACACUUUCGUCUCCUAGGAAAUAA